UUUAUUAUUUAAUCACAUCAAAACUGUCACUUUGACUUUACGAACUUGACAUUUCUUUUUGGGGUUAGAAAUUUUCGUCUGGAACUACUCAGAGGAAGCUUGGAAUUUGAUUCAGCUUUGCACUGUCGGAAAAUUACAUAAUUAUCGAAGAAAACUUCUAACUCAACAUGUCGCAAGCUCCAGUACGUGUUUCUCCACUUAUUAAAUUUGCUAGAUGGUCACUACUGAUAACUGGUAUUGGUUAUGGUGCAAUAAACCAAAGUAGGUUGUCCUCGAAAGAAGCCAAAAUUCGUGUGAUCGAAAAUCAGCAAAAGGCAAUUCGUGAUGCUAAAUUGGCUGAAGAGAAGAAAAUCAGUGCAGAACGGGAGAUUAAAGCUCUUGAAAUGCUUGCUGGUAUAAAAUCAUAAUUCUUUCACAUUUUGAAAGAUUUAUAGUUUUAGAAAAAUGUCAAGUUAAAAGUUUAUUCGCAAUUUUUCAAUAACAAACGAGUCAGUGCAGUGUAUGCAGUUAUUACAAAAUUUAUUUUCAAUAUUUUUUGCAAAGCAUCGUCGCAAUGAAAUGUGUAUCAAAAAGUUGCUUAAAAAUGUAAAAUUUCAAUAAACAUUAAUUUUAAAAUAAAA